UUGGUGUUCAAAGGGCAACUUCUCUUAGUAUUCAUCUGGAGAAAACAGAUUGAGAAACAGAUCUUUUAAUCACUCUUCCCUCCGGCAGCUCCUUCCUCUGAAUUUUCUUUCACUGGGCAUUAGGACAACUUUUCAAAAAGACGAAAUCUCCCUAAGGUGUUCUGUGUCAUUAUUAGAAACUUGGAACCUCAGAACUCUCUCUCCAAAAUGCACCUCAGUGCUGCAAAUCACCGCAUUCCUCUAAGUGAUGGAAAUAGCAUUCCUAUUAUCGGUCUUGGAACCUACGCAGAACCUAAGCUGACCACCGCGGGGACUUGUGCGGCGUCUGUGAAGACUGCCAUCGACGUGGGGUACAGGCACAUUGAUGGUGCCUACAUCUAUCUAAAUGAGCAUGAAGUGGGGGAGGCCAUCAGGGAGAAGAUAGCAGAAGGCAAGGUGCGGAGGGAGGAUAUUUUCUACUGCGGAAAGCUGUGGGCUACAAAUCAUGUCCCAGAGAUGGUCCGCCCAACCCUGGAGAGAACACUCAGGACCCUUCAGUUAGAUUAUGUGGAUCUUUACAUCAUUGAAAUGCCAAUGACUCUGAAGCCUGGAGAUGUAAUCCAUCCUAGAGAUGAGAACGGCAAAUGGUUAUAUCACCCAUCAAAUCUGUGUGCCACUUGGGAGGCUUUGGAAGCUUGCAAAGAUGCCGGCUUGGUGAAAUCCCUUGGGGUGUCCAAUUUUAACCGCAGGCAGCUGGAGCUCAUUCUAAACAAACCAGGACUCAAAUACAAGCCUGUGAACAAUCAGGUUGAGUGCCACCCAUAUUUCACCCAGCCCAAACUCUUGAAAUUUUGCCAAGAACAUGACAUUGUCAUUACUGCAUAUAGCCCUUUGGGGACCUCCAGGGAUUCAGUUUGGGUGAAUCUCUCUUCUCCACCUUUGUUGAAAGAUGCACUUUUAAACUCACUGGGAAAAAAAUACAAUAAGACAGCAGCUCAAGUUGCUUUGCGUUUCAAUAUCCAACGAGGGGUAGUUGUCAUUCCUAAAAGCUUUAAUAGUGAAAGGAUCAAAGAAAACUUCCAGGUCUUUGACUUUUCUCUCACUGAAAAAGAAAUGAAGGACAUUGAAGACUUGAAUAAAAACGUCCGCUUUGUGAACCUGUUGAUGUGGAGUGAUCAUCCUGAAUACCCAUUUCAUGAUGAAUACUGACUUCAGAGAGCUCCUCAACAGAUUUUCCCUUCUGUGUAACCCACAAACUUGGGUAGUGGUUCCCCCGGAUGUGGAAAUAGAAGGAGUUUUAUUAUCCUCAGAAGAAGUAAUGAUUGAAGCAUGCAAAUUUUAUGUAGUGUGAAUGACUUUGACUUAGCUAUAUUGAAGAACCUAAUGUUUAAACCUGUUGAAAUCAUUGUUUGGAAAUUAUCAACUAAUAUUUUAUUAGAUCAGUGUCUUCUGGGCUUCAGACAACAAAACAUAAAGCUUUAGAAUAGACUUCAAAUGACAACAUAUGAAGGCAAAUAACUCAUGAAUCUGGAGACUACUUGGUAAUCUAAGCUCUUAAGCAGUUAAAGAGGGCAGAGAGCCAGCACAUGCCAGCACUCUGACAGUGGCCUUGAUGGUUUGGGCCAUUGAUUGUAAUUUAGACAUAGCCAAGAUAAGACCCACACGUUCACUGUUGACAAGGAAGAGCUUUGCUGCACCGUAGUAGAGUGACAGGGAUAAGUGUAGAAAAGUCUUAAAAUAGAGAUAAUUAAACAUUACAUUGGUCAACUAAGCCAUAAUGAUUUUGUUUUUUGGUGGGUUUUCGCCUGGUAUGUGUUUGUUUAACUUUUACCUAGCUUGAGGGAUGGAUAAUUGAUUCUCUCGUGCAUUCUUUAGAGCACCGAAGCUUCAGCAUAACUGUUGAUCCGUAUUUCUACUGUCAAUCAAUCCUGCACACAUUCAUCAUAUGAACACCAUUACAUGAAGUAGCUUGGAAUAACCAAUGUACACAAAUAAAACCUUGUACCAUAGAAUAGUCCAAAGAUGACCAUUUUAAAAGAGGCCUUUAAAAAGCAGGCUUUAGGGAACAUAUUGAAAGAAGAAGCUUUAUAAUAUUACUGUUAUAUUUAAGACUUUGAAAGUGUUAUUGGGAUAGCUGUUGAGUUUUGAGAAAGUAACAAGUGCAAAAGAACAUUGGUAAAUUUCUAAAAAGUGAAUAAGAUCAUUAGAAUUUAGCAGUAGAGAUGUAUGUAUUUUCAAUUCAACUGGAGAAAUGUAUUUCCUUCAUUUACAUUAGGUCACUCUCCCAAGGACAAGAGUUAUUUGAAAAUUAUGUUUAUCUAGGACCAAUAGUUUAUAGAUAAUCUUCAAUGAACUGAAAACAUUUCUGAGAAAUUAUUGCUCUGAAAAAAUCUGAUCUAAACUCAGCAUUUCCACUGAUUCCAAUAUGAAUAAAAUUAAUAAAUUUCUAAUAAUAGAAAAUCAGAAUGUUGUUCUCUGGAAAAUAUUUUGUUCUCAAGAAAUAAUAAAUUCUGAUAAUUUGUUCUA